AUAUUGUAGGAAACUCACCUGUUAACAGGAACCUCCAACCAUCUUGACACCAUGACCAACUCUUGCUGCUCCCCUUGCAGUCAGCUUGGUUGCUGCAGGACUACCUGCUGCAGACCAACCUAUGUGACCAGUUGCAGUCCAUCCCGCUACCAGCCCAGCUGCUGUGAAACCACCUGCUGUAGGACCACCUGCUGUAAGCCAACCAGUAUAAACAGCUGCUGCCAGCCCAGCAUGUGUGAAACCACCUGCUAUAAGCCAAUCUGUAUAACUAGCUGCUGCAGCCCACCCUGUUGCCAGCCCAGCUGCUGUGAAACCACCUGCUAUAGGACCACCUGCUGCUGUUAUAAGCCAACCUGUGCAACAAAUUGCUGCCAGCCCAGUUGCUAUGAAACCACCUGCUGCAAACCAGCCUGUGUGACCAGCUGCUGUAGCCCACCCUGCUGUCAGCCCAGCAGCUGUGAAACCACCUGCUACAGGACCACCUGCUGCUGUAAGCCAACCUGUGUGACCAGCUGCUGCCAACCCAGCUGCUGUGAAACCACCUGCUGCAAACCAGCCUGUGUGGCCAGUUGCUGCAGCCCACCCUGUUGUCAGCCCAGCUGCUGUGAAACCACCUGCUGUAGGACCACCUGCUAUAAGCCACCAUGUGUAACCAGCUGCUGCCAUUCCAGCAACUGUGAAACCACUUGCUAUAAGCCAACAUGUAUAACCAGCUGCUGCCAGCCCAGCUGCUGUGAAACCUCCUGCUGUAGGACCACCUGCUGUAAACCAACCUGUGUGAUCAGCUGCUGCCAACCCAGCUGCUGUGAAACCACCUGCUGUAGGACCACCUGCUGUAAACCAACCUGUGUGAUCAGCUGCUGCCAACCCAGCUGCUGUGAAACCACUUGUUGCAAACCAGUCUGUGUGACCAGCUGCUACAGCCCACCAUGCUGCCAGCCCAGCUGCUGUGAAACCACCUGUUGUAGGACCACCUGCUGUAAGCCAACCUGUGUAACCAGCUGCUGCCAGCCCAGCUGCUGUGAAACCACCUGCUGUAGGAGCACCUGCUGUAAGCCAGCCUGUGUGACCAGCUGCUGCAGCCCACCCUGCUGCUGUGAGUCCAGCUCCUGCAAACCCUGCUACUGA